UUCCAGAAUUGUUGUGCAAAUUGAAGCAGAUGGUAGUGUCAAGCACAGAGGAAAUAGAAACGAUUCUCUGUAAAGUUACUUCUAUUUUCUGCAGGCCUAUCCAGACGUGUUGCUUGUUGCGCAAAAAGCCAAUUACUGAGACACCAAGAUUGUCAAGGAAGAAACCAUGUAUUACAGUGGACCUUAAACAGUGGACCCGUGGACUGAGAGGUGGGAGAGCUAAAUUGAAAAAAGAACUAAGACCUGUGAAAAAUCAGUUGGAAGUAUACACUGUUUGUUACAGUGUAUAAGCAGCUAAAAAGAAAGUUCUCCCAAGAAGACUAAUGGAAUUAUUGAUGCGGGUUUAUGUGUAUCAUCAAAUUCUUUCUAGAAGUUGAAGAGUAUUUCUAUAAAUUUAAGGAUUGUGUGCAUUUAAUAAGAAUGACCUUUCAGUUUAAUUUCACUAUAGAAGACCAUCUGGAAAGUAAAUUAGCACCCCUCGGAGAUGGAGCUUUGACCUUGGAUUCUUCAAAAGAGCUGUCAGUCUUAGAAAGUCAAAAAAGAGAACACAGGGACAGAAAAUGUUCUAUAGAACAACUUGACUCGCCUCGGGACCACUUGUGGGAAAAUAAGUCAGUGGAAAAUGCAGCUCCUUCUCAAGACACAGAUAGUCCACUCACUGCAGCUAGUGAUUCAGAUAACUUGGAGCCACAUAAAAAACAGCCCUGCUUGAGAGCUGCCAAAGAGCAUGUUAUGCCCAAAGAUUUAAAGAAAGUGUUAGAAAAUAAAGUGAUAGAAACAUUACCGGGUCUCCAGCAUGCUAACUUAUCAGUAGUGAAAACUGUCUUGUUGAAAGACAGCUUCCCUGGAGAAAACAUAGUUUCAAAAAGCUUUUCUUCUCACACUGAUCUGAUUACAGGUGUUUAUGAAGGAGGCUUAAAAAUCUGGGAAUGUACCUUUGACCUCUUGGCUUAUUUCAUAAAGGCCAAAGUGAAAUUUGCUGGCAAAAAAGUGUUAGAUCUUGGCUGUGGAUCAGGGUUGCUGGGUAUCACUGCAUUCAAGGGAGGGGCCAAAGAAAUUCAUUUUCAAGAUUAUAAUAGUAUGGUGAUUGAUGAAGUAACUUUACCCAAUGUAAUAGCUAACUCCAAUUUGGAAGAUGAAGAAAAUGAUGUAAACAAACCAGAUGUGAAAAGAUGCAGGAAAUCAGACGUAGUACAAGAACCAUAUAAAUGUCAGUUCUAUUCUGGGGAGUGGUCUGAGUUUUGUAAGCUUGUACUAAGCCGAGAAAAACUCUUUGUGAAAUAUGAUCUCAUUCUCACCUCAGAAACCAUUUACAAUCCAGAUUAUUACGGUACAUUGCACCAAACAUUCCUUAGACUGUUAGGUAAAAAUGGACAAGUACUUUUGGCCAGCAAAGCACAUUAUUUUGGUGUAGGUGGAGGUGUUCAUCUCUUUCAGAAGUUUGUGGAAGAAAGAGGUGUGUUUGAGACUCGAACACUCGAAAUAAUUGAUGAAGGAUUAAAGAGGUUCAUAAUUGAAUUGACUUUUAAGUGCCCUAGCUAAUGUUCACCAAGUGUUCUAAGUGAAAUAAACAGAAUGACCAAAAA